AUGGAGGCGCUGGUCAACACUGUGCUGCUGGCUGCACACCCGAGCCUUCGCGAGCGCUGCAACGCCGCAAAGGUCGUGUCGGUCCUCGAGGAGCUCGGGGCGUACGACUCGUCCGCACUGCGGUCACUCCUCUCGUCGUUCACCGACACCGUCGCACACAAGCUGAAGGAGGAGGAAGCAGCACCGCCAGCUCUGGUCGCCGCGCUGGCGACGCAUGUCGACUCGGGCAGCCUAUCAGAGCCUCAGAACAUCGGCGGCGCGAUGGACGCGACAGCUGCAACCUCCUCCUCGAGCAGCGCCGCCGCUGCUGUCACCCCGAGGACGGUGAAGGCGAAGGCCGGCGGCGGCAAGCAUAGCACGCUGCAGCAGAAGUCGAUCGGCGCGUUCUUUGCUGGUGGCACCAGGACUACGUACGCGACGCUGCCGGGCAUAGGCCGUCAGAUCAGAUCCGUUACCUCGCUCACGCCCGAGCAGCUGCAGGCUGUGGGCAAGGCGCCCGAGAAGUUCACGUCGUGCGCCAAGGGCUGUGGGCAGACAUUCUUGCACGGGCCUGCGCGCGUUGCGCACGAAAAGUUCUGCAGCGGUCGCGCGGCCGAGACGGCCGCCGAAGUCGCCGCCGCCGCAGAGGCUGCCGCCUCCGCUGCCACCACCACCCAGCCCGCCACCGCCGUCACCGAGGCUGCCGCCGAAGCCGCUAACAGCAGCGACGACGAGCAGCCACCCGCGAAAGCACCAAAGCUGCGCGCGGAUGGCGGCAUCAAGCAGAGUGGGCUCCGCCAGGGCGAGAAGAAGGGCAUGAAACACUCGCUCUACUUUAAGCUCGAGGUGGUGCGCACGCUGCGCAGGUUGCAGAGCCUCGAGAAGCGCUGGGAGAAGGCGCCGAGUGGCUGGCGUGGCGCCGGCAUCGAGACGUCGGAGAUUCACAAGGGCGUACACCCCUCCCUCGUGUCCAAGUGGGGCGGCAAGGAGGACGAGCUGCACAUGGCGCUGCAGCACGAGAACCGCGUCAGCCGUAAGCAGAAGCACCGCACCGGCACGAUGGCGACGUUCCAGUCGCGCGGCGCACGGCGGACGACCCUCCAUCGCGGCCGCGCGCCGCCUUUCGCUGCGGUCGAGGUGGAGCUGCACAAGCGCUACCGCGACAAGCGGACGCGUGGCGAGCGCGUGACCGGCCAAUGGCUUCGCGUCUCCAUGAAGCGCCUCGUGCGCGAGUUCGCCGGCGCCGACGUGGCCGACGGCUUCAAGGCGUCCAAGUGGUGGCUGCGGUCGUUCGCGCGGCGCUUCGGCAUGUCGCUCCGGCGCAAGUCGAACAGCCGCGCCGAGUCCGUCCUCGUGCGGCUGCCGAAGAUCAAGCGCUGGCACGCGCGCCUCCGUCGCCGCCUCCGUGGCGGCCUGCAGGAGAAGCUCGACCCAAAGUGGGGACGCUGGUUGCCGCGCAACCGGCUGAGCGUCGACCAGGUGCCGUGCAACCUCCGAGCGGGCGAUGGGCGCACCUACGACGACACGGGCGCCAAGCGCGUCUGGCUGGCGGGGGCGAAGGCUGACGACGGCAAGCGCUUCUGCACGCUGCAGAUC